CUUCUCUUCCACCAUUUCUAUGCGACCGAAUAAACCUCAAUGCAACAAAUGCAGCGAGCGGCUUUUCCCUCUUCGCCGUCAUCAUCUUCUUCCUCCGGCGGCGGCGUAAAGACGGCGGUGGAGGAGACACCGGUGGUGGUGAUUGCCCGGCGAGGUUGCUGUAUGGGACACGUUGUGAAGCGGCUGCUUCAGGGACUGGGGGUUAGUCCGGCAGUGUGGGAGAUCGUCGGAGAAGCAGAGGAGACGGCGUUGAGGGCCGAACUCGGCGAGAUGGGGCCCACCGAAGAUGAGCAGAGAGGGUUUCCGGUGACUUUGCCGGUGGUUUUUAUUGGGGGGAGGCUUCUCGGGGGAUUGGAUCAUCUAAUGGCGGCGCAUAUUUCAGGGGAGCUUGUUCCGAACUUGAAGGAAGCCGGCGCUCUGUGGCUCUAGAACAGAGGAUUGAUCUUUUUUUUUUGUAAAGAAUUUAUGAUUUGGAGGAUUUAGAUACUUGACAUUCAAAAUUUGUGUAUUUACACAGUUAACAUUAAAAAAAAAUAGUACUUUAUAUAUA